AUGAAGAGUAAAGAUAAACCGGGAUCUUCAAAAAAAAAUAUUUCGUCACACGCUCCAUCUGUUCAAGAUGGAAAACUAUCAAUAAGAUCUGUACGAACUUCUAGAUCAAUGAAAUCUGCAAGAUGUCUUGUUUUACCUACAAACGAAGCUAAUCAAAUUCAACAUUACGUUUUUAUACCACCCGAUGGAGGGUGGGGUUGGUUUAUAGUGGUAAUAGCUUUCAUCGCUUAUUUUCUCAUGGACGGUGUUUGUUACACUUUCGGAAUAUUUCUAAGUGAGAUUGCUGAUACGUUUAAUACAGAAACGAGCAACGUUGCCAUGAUUAGUUCCUACAUGACCGGAUCUUACUAUUUAUCGGGUCCAGUAGCGUGCGCUCUAUGUAACAAAUUCGGAUUUCGCAUUGUUGGUUUUCUUGGAUCAAUAAUAGCGAUGUUGCUAUUUUUAAUAGCCAGUUACGUGGAAAAUUUCAUCGUAUUUACUAUUUUAAUUGGUUUCGGAGUAGGAUUUGCCUUUGAUAUGGUAUAUACGGUGAUGUUGUUGGACGUAGGAUUUUAUUUUGAGCGUUACAGAGCUUUAGCGACGGCCAUUUCUGUUCUCGGAGUAUCGGCUGGAAUUAUGGGUUUUCCAGUGAUAUUCAAAGAAGCCUAUCUACUGGGAAACUAUCACUGGAAAACCAAAUUUUUAAUUAUAAGUGGAUCUUUUUUUGUGCUAACUCUCUUAACGUUAGCCUUGAAACCUAUAAAGCCAACGAUCGUUGUCGAAAAUAUUAAAAAUCAGGAAGACGAUGAUUCUGAUUCCAUCGGAUCAUUUACUUUGGAUGAGUCAAUUAGUGGUUAUAAAGUUAGUAAAUUGUUCGAUCAAUUUCAUAAUAUCGUUUAUCCAAGAAUAUCGGAGUACACCACUGAAGUGUUCUUAUCUGAAACACAGAACGAACCGUCCACUUAUAUCGCUAUACUACCGGAUACGGAAGUUGCAAGUAUAUUUAGUCGCGCGUUCUCAAACUUUUCCGAUUAUCCAUCAGUAUAUACCAAAUCGGAAGACGUCAAUUGUUGCAUUUCGAAUUGCUGUCGAAGCUGCUUUCGCGGUAUCACUUGUUGUCAAGCGUGCUGUAAUUGGUGCCAACGUAAAUGGAACAGUUGUUGGAGCUUUUUGUGUCGCGCCAAUAAAAACGUUAAUAGACCUAUGUACAGAGACGACAUCUUGUAUCAAUUCGGAUCUUUAUCUCGACUUCCGGAAUACAAUCAGUCGCAUACUAAUGUCAAUUUAAAAACUGGUAGUGCGCAACUUCCAAAAAAUAUAAGCUAUCAUUUAUCGGUAUCAAGAGUAAUUACUCAAAAGGAUAUAGAAGAAGAAAAACAGUGUGUUUGUUGUCCGGAAGCAGUACUUCGAGUUAUAGCGACAAUGUUGGAUCUAAAUCUUCUCAAAUCUGUCUCUUUUGACAUAUUAACUUUCAGCUCGUUUUUAACGAUGAUCGGUCUUUACGCACCUUUUGUUUUUAUCGUAGAAAGAGGUGAAGAACUAAAAUUGGAGGACGGUUGGCCGACGAAAUUACUUUCGUUUAUGGGGUUAGCAAAUUGUUUGGGACGCGUGGCGUGCGGGUUGUUGUCUUUCUGGCCCUCGUUGGAUCCAAUGAUAGUGAGUUAUUUAACUCUAAUUGUUGGCGGUGCGUCCAUAUUCGCUUCAGCUUUUUGGACCGAUUUAUUAGGGCAAAUCAUUUCGACUGUAAUAUAUGGAUUUUGUGUAGCUAGUUUCACAACACUACGUACAGUCCUGUUGGCGAGCAUGUUCGGUUUGGAAAAUUUGACGAAUGCUUUUGGUAUUACCAUACUUUUUUAUGGUUUGGCUAGUUUUAUAGGAAUUCCCACCGCCUCAUUCCUACAACAAUAUACGGGAUCUUACAAAUAUUGUUUUAUAUUAUCCGGAGGAGCAGUAUUACUCAGUGGAGUGGUACUAAUUCCAGCAAACAGUAUCAAUAGAAAAGAAAAGGAGAAGAUUACUCCGAAAGUUCAAUUUAAUGUAUAA